AACCCUCUCGAAACCGUCGUUACUCUGCAAUUCUGUCAAAAUUCUCACUAUCCGUCUUCAUCUUCUCAAAUCAAUCAAACAAAUUUAACAAAAAUCGCAUCAAACUAACCAUGAGGAAACGCGAUUUAGCGAUCCUUAUGCUCGCCGCAUUCGCUAUUUUCUUUUCACUUCAGCAUGAAGGUGAUUUUUCGUUUAAGGAAGCAUGGUAUCAUUUAUCGGAUGAAUAUCCGAUUAAAUACGAAGGCGAGCGGCUUCCGCCUCCGAUUGUUUCGGAUCUUAACGGAGAUGGAAAGAAAGAGGUCCUUGUGGCUACUCAUGAUGCUAAAAUUCAGGUUCUUGAGCCUCAUUCAAGGCGAGUGGAUGAAGGGUUUAGUGAGGCUCGUGUUCUUGCAGAGGUGAGCCUUUUACCUGAUAAGAUCCGUGUUGCUUCUGGUAGACGAGCAGUGGCCAUGGCAACUGGAGUGGUUGAUCGAAGUUUUAAACGUGGUCAAGUACAAAAGCAGGUGUUGGUUGUUGUGACAUCAGGUUGGUCUAUUAUGUGUUUUGAUCACAACCUUCAAAAGCUAUGGGAAACAAACGUUCAGGAGGAUUUUCCUCACAAUGCUCACCAUAGGGAGAUAUCUAUCUCUGUAAGUAAUUAUACGCUAAAACAUGGAGAUGCCGGGCUUGUGAUCGUUGGCGGACGGAUGGAGAUGCAGCCACAUAUGCACCUUGAUCCUUUUGAAGAAAUUAAGAUGGCCGAGGAAAGUGCCGAUCAGCAUAGAAGAAGUGCAAGUGAAAAAGAAUCUGAAGCAGCUGCAGCUGUGGAUUUACGCCAUUUUGCAUUUUAUGCUUAUGCUGGACGAACUGGUACGCUCCGAUGGAGUAGAAAGAACGAGAACGUGGAAGCAGCUCCGUCAGAUGAAUCUCCACUAAUUCCACAACAUAAUUAUAAGCUUGAUGUACACGCACUCAAUAGACGUCAACCAGGAGAGUUUGAAUGCAGGGAAUUCAGAGAAUCAGUCCUCGGAAGUAUGCCACAUCACUGGGAUAGGCGGGAGGAUACAAUGCUACAGUUGGCACACUUCAGGCGCCACAAAAGGAAGGCAGUGAAGAAAACCCCUGGAAAGACUUCAAAUUACCCAUUCCACAAGCCAGAGGAAAACCAUCCUCCAGGGAAGGAUUCGUCCAAAAAGAUUUCGAAUUUGAUUGGUAAAGCUGCAAAUUUUGCUAAUACAGCCAAGACUAAGAAGGCAUCACCUUAUGUUCCUACAAUUACAAACUACACACAGCUGUGGUGGGUACCUAAUGUUUUGGUGGCUCAUGAAAAGGAAGGGAUUGAGGUUUUGCAUUUGGCAUCGGGGCGCACAUUAUGCAAGCUUCACCUUCAAGAGGGCGGUUUGCAUGCUGAUAUCAAUGGAGAUGGAGUUCUUGAUCAUGUCCAGGCUGUUGGUGGAAAUGGUGCUGAGCAAACUGUUGUUAGUGGAUCAAUGGAUGUGCUAAAACCUUGUUGGGCUGUUGCAACCUCUGGAGUACCAGUACGAGAGCAACUCUUUAAUGUUUCCAUAUGUCAUCACUCUCCUUUCAACCUAUUCCCACAUGGAGAAUAUUCUAGAAGCUUUGGACGAGCUCUAGAUGUAAAUUCUCUUGAGGUGGCAACACCAAUCCUCAUCCCAACAAAUGAUGGCCAUAAACAUCGCAAGGGCAGUCAUGGAGAUAUUGUUUUUCUGACUAAUCGUGGGGAGGUAACUGCUUACUCUCCAGGGCUGCAUGGGCAUGAAGCUGUUUGGCAAUGGCAGAUGUUGACCGGUGCAACAUGGUCAAACCUCCCAUCCCCAUCAGGAAUGACAGAUGCUGGUUAUGUGAUCCCCACUCUCAAAUCGAUUAAUUUGCGGAUGCAUGAUAAUCAGCAUUUGAUCUUAGCAGCAGGAGAUCAAGAGGCCGUUGUGAUUUCUCCAGGAGGAAGUCUACUGACAACUAUUGACCUUCCUGCACCACCAACUCAUGCUUUGGUUGAUGCUGACUUUUCAAAUGACGGGUUAACGGAUCUCAUUGUUGUUACUUCAAAUGGUGUGUAUGGGUUCGUCCAAACAAGGCAACCCGGUGCUCUCUUCUUUAGCACACUUGUUGGUUGCUUAAUCGUUGUGAUGGGAGUUAUAUUCGUUACCCAACACUUAAAUUCAAUCAAGGGGAAACCUCGAGCUCCAUCAGGCCACAUUUAGAACUCAUGGUACUAGUCUUGACUGAAAUGUUGAUAUUCUGAACACAUGGAAUUAGAGACAAUACUCAUACAUCUACUAAAAGAUUGACCAGAGAUCUCUACAAAAGUGAGUCAACAAUGAACUAUUUUUAAUUUUUAUGCUAGUAUGAUGUAGCAAAGCCUUAGAAUUUCUUUAAGUUGGUCAUUGAAUAUCAGUCUGCUAUAUAGCUCAUAUGUAUGAGAUUGUAGUAUAAGAGGAUUUUGUACAAACUCUGCGUACUCCUUUCAUAUCAUAGCACAUUAAGAUAUCAAGUUAUGUGAUCUACUUUUGUCCCA